CCCGCCCGUUGUCUGUCUUUCGGCGUUUGCUCUUCGGAAAGACUUUUUUUCUUUUCGUGACUUUCGUGGAGUACAUACAAAGCCCGCCGUCCGGCUCCCGGGUCAGUUCGCAUUCGAGGGGUUUGAUAUCGCUCGUCAGGAAUUCUAGCUAGACGAGAGCCACGCAGUUUUUCCUUGGGGCCGACCAAUUCGAACCACAGACAGACACACAAUGGCCGACACGGUGAACUCGGCGGCGACGGAGAAGGAAGUCGGCCAGGCGACGGGCGCCGCGACCCCGGCCAACGGCGCCAACGCGCCGCACCACCGCGGCUUCGACACGCGGAACCCCAUGGCCAACGUGCACGCCGACGACCAGCCGCGGCUGCCCGCCUUCGGCGGUGAGUUCCAGCCCGGUCUCUGGCGCCCGAUCGAGCACCGCAAGUUCGCCAACCCGGCGCCGCUCGGCCUGUCGGCGUUCGCGCUCACCACCUUCGUCCUCUCGUGCGUCAACCUCAACGCGCGCGGCGUGACCGCGCCCAACGUGGCUGUUCCUCUGGCCUUCGGCUACGGCGGCCUCGUCCAGCUGCUGGCCGGCAUGUGGGAGAUGGCGGUUGGCAACACCUUCGGUGCCACGGCUCUCUCGUCGUACGGCGGCUUCUGGAUCGCCUACGGCAUCCUGCUCACGCCCAACUGGAACAUCCUCGGCGCCGACGGGCCGUACUCGCCCGCCGAGACCAAGGGCGACCCUCUGAUGGCCCAGUCGGCGGUCGGCUUCUUCCUGACGGGCUGGUUCAUCUUCACGACCAUCCUGCUGCUGUGCACGCUGCGCUCGACCGUCAUGUUCUUCCUGCUCUUCUUCACCCUCGAUCUGGCCUUCCUGAUGCUCGCCUGCGGCGCCUACGCCACCGACAACGGGAACGCCGAGGCGGCCUCGAAGCUUAACCAGGCCGGCGGCGGCUUCGGCAUGCUGGCUGCCUUCUUGGCGUGGUACAACGCCUUUGCCGGUAUCGCCGACAGCAGCAACUCGUUCUUCCUCAUUCCCGUCUUCCACUUCCCCUGGUCCGAGAAGGGCCGCGAGGCUCGUCUCGCCAAGACGGCGUCUGCCACCGUUUAGAGGGGGGGAGGGUACCUACACUAUGUAUACUCAGGUACCUUACCUACACUGUGUACGGGAUACGAUAAUAAGGCUGGGUGCGCUGGGCUAAAACUGCUUUCCACUUGGUUGCUGUCUCUUUUAUUUUCUUCCUUUUGUGGUUGCUUGCUUGUCUCGGUUUGUGCGGGAUACCCCUUUGUCGCGUUCAGCAGUUUUGUUUGCCGCUGGGAUGCCUCGCAAGAGCCACCUAGUUGUCAACCGGCUUUGGACGACUGGGCGCGCGAAGAGGGAUGCGGCGCUGUGCAAGCCGACGAUGAGGAGUGGACCAUGCUAGCGAUUAGUUGCGAUAUCCCUGUUUUGUAGUGUAAUGCUGCACACAUGAAGUGCUAAAAAGAAUAAGAGGGGUUGAGUCUGUGAUCUCCCCGACAAUGCGGAGCAGCGAGUGCCCGUCCCCAACUGGAA